GUUUUUAGAACACUUUCAAAAGUUAUAAAUGCCAAGAGGGACCGAAAAGCCAGGGGUUUCUUUCUAUCAGAACCUGAACGAUUCAAAAUCGUUAUUUUUCUCCCUUGAAAGGGCCUUUUUCUACGACCCCAUGACUGUAUCCGAAACUGUUACUGUGGAAUUUCCGGCGACACAAAACAUGAAAGACGGCCUACACGAAGAGGUGCUGCGAAGAUUUGUGCAUAAACCGUAUUCCGUACUCUCGAACAGGGUACCCAUUUGUGAGGAACGAUCAGAGGAUAACUUUGUGAUGGGAUUUUCGUGUUCGGCUUCCUCCCCUACGGUGUCGUUGUUACUCACCUCGUCUGCGGAUUUGACAACUUCAAGAGUGCGAGAGGGGGUUACCGGGGAGAGCCCCUACUUUAUAGUUCAUCUACACGGUAUACGGGUUUUAGCAGAAACGGUUCAGCAAGCCAACGAUCGUGGGGAUUUGCGCAUCGACGUCGCCUUAACGCUAAGAUUAGCGAGGGUUCACCAUGGAAUGUUGUUUGGGGUUGCCGAAGCGUCUGAUUUCGAUAAUUACUUUUCCGUUUGUGUACCUUUAAAUCAGAACGUCACAAAUAUAACAAAGGCUUCGCUGCGGUGCGCAGAUAAAAAGGUCCGACGUUUAGAAUCCAGUGAUGAACUGGAAACUGAUGGUCAUGGUGAAGGGAAGCGGCAACGAUCUUCACACAUCCAGGCCGAUCCGGAUCCUGAUCUCUCCAACUCCAAAGUAGCCACUCGUGAGGGGGAGAAGGAGUUAUGUGAAAGAGAGAUGCCGUUUCGUAAGGUCACAUCUUCAAUAGAGGUUCUUGUUCGUCGACAAACCGAGGAACCGGUUGUUGCGGGUCAGGUAGUGUUGGUAGUUGUAGAGCCGGGUUGCAUUCGCUGCACGGCGAUUCGCCCUCCACGGGCCGCACCAGGUCCCUUUCGUCUUGUGGCUUCAAAGCUCAGUGAUGAGGCACCCGAUAGGCUUUCUAAAAGUAAACGCAAAGUUAAAAGGUCUGCUACCCUUAAAAAAGUGGACAAUCUUGUGGAUCCAAUGUGUAUAGAUGUUGUGUGUGAUAUUCCCCUCGAAGUGACAAAGUAAUGCAUCAACAAAAAGUAUUAAAACGAGAUGCAUAGGCUAGUCUGACCAACAACUCGUACAUGUACACAAAAAUUGAGUAUAAAAAAAUAAACUUCAAGUUCUAUCACUAUAGGAAUAAUAAAUUUCCCAUAACAUAAUAAGUCAUUAUAUCAAACUAAUAGUAAAA